UGAUCUCUCAUGUCCCCUCAUACAGAGGAUCGAUAUUGAGCACGAUGUCGCUGCUUUCAGACUAGCUUGAACGGACUCCGUCAGACAGACCUGUCACCAUGAGCGGCUCCUCGUCGAUGGCGCCUGGUACCAGCCACGGCAUUCACUUGGUCGUCAUUAUUCACGGACUUUAUGGGUCUCCAGCGAAUCUUAGAACAAUAGACGAGGAGGUCAGGCGGGCUGCGGAGGAGGCGACAGAUAUCUCAUCCUCAUGUCAGAACCAGUCCUCCGAGGAGCCUGACCCUGCUCGCUCAAAACAAGGACUACGCACCGUUACCCUCCUCCUGAAAAGCUUUACAGGUUCUCACACCUGGGAUGGUAUCGAUGUCAAUGCUCAUAAAGCCAAAGAUGAGAUCAUGCACGAGAUCUCUGCUUUGGAAGGAGAUGGACGAUCGGUCACACAUAUCAGCUUCAUGGGAUACUCUCUAGGUGGAUUGGUCGCUCGAUACCUUGUGGGACUCCUUCAUGCUUCCGAGCCCUCCUUCUUCGAUACGCGGCUUCCUGUAUCGUUCUCCACUGCGGCCACACCUCAUCUGGGUGUACUACGGUACGCUACGCGGAUGAAUACUGUCGUACAUACGAUCGGACGGCGAUUGUUCUCGAGGAGCGGACAGCAAAUGUAUUGUUUGGACAGGUACGAUGGGGAGGAAUCGUUGUUACAAGUCAUGGCGGAUCCAGAGAGUAUCUUCAUGGAGGCUCUACAGCUGUUCCCGAGGAUACUGAUCGUUGCGAAUGGAUGUCACGACCAGACUGUGCCGUACCCAACUGCUUCUAUCUCUCUCACGGACCCCUUCGAGGGUUUCACCAAUACGGGCAUAGAAGUCACAGUCGACCACAGGAAUGUAGCGACGUCUUGGUCGUUCCCACCAGAGCUGGAUAACGACGAGGUCAAGACUGUCUCGGCCAAGUCGAACAACGCUGUCAAGCAGUAUAAAGGUUCAGAUGGUGUUCUAAGGAGUCGACCGAGGUUCCCGCCGUUUUUGAUCUUGCCUUAUCCAUUCACCUAUGUCUUGAUCGUUAUGAUACCCAUCCUCAUCCCUUUGUGGAUGAUCACAGCAUCUUCCGUCUUACUGUAUCACUCGUACCAAGCCCGCCAGAGGCUCCGAUUACACGAGAUCGAAACCAUUACCAAAUCAGCCAUCAAAUCUUCCACCUCAUCACUACGCCGAUUGGCUGAACGUGAUGCGUCCCAACCAGACAUGAUUCCGACCCCUCGAUAUCGUACCCGAUCCAAAACGAAACGUUCGUCUGAGCUCAACGACCCUGACGAGAGCACACCUCUGAUCUCAAGACACACCACGCCUUCAUCAUCGUCAGCCCCAAUGUCGAGGACAGAGACCCCGCCACUUCAUGAUCCUGCGGCCGUUCCUCUGCCAGCCACGCAACUUGAUGCCGCGUUGCCGGACGAAGAUCGUGAUGAAGAAGAUGGGCCUUCAUCAGACGCGAUACCACGACCUGGUCAGAUUCCACUGCUUCUUACGCCUGCUCAAAAGCGAAUGGUACGCGACUUGAACAAGAGUUUGCCGCAGAUGCAAAGGAUGGUAGCUUGGUUCCCUUGGGCUUUCAACUCGCACGCUCUGAUCGUGGCGAGAGAUACAAAACGGUUCGCAUGGCAUGAGGAGGGUCGCGGAGUCGUCCGCGCAUGGGCCGAAUUCGUAGUCGAGUCGGCGAGGAACAAGUCAGCAUUGUGGAUUGACCAGCAAUUAGCUGUGCCCCGUGGCUAGCCCUCCACGCGAGCCGCCCGUCAGUUUCCGUUGUAAUCUCGCAUGACGCAGACGAUGCAUAC